UCUGCUUAACAGCACUGUGUAUUCUUGACUGAUGAAAUGAAGUGAGCAUCAUCUGUGUGUGCCUGUUUGACUCUGGACACACCUCUCAUAUAGCCAAUAUUUAACCCAACAGUGUGCUGAGGAGAAAAAGUAUGUCAGGCUUCUUUGUGUUUUUUUUAUAUGACGAGGCCAGUGGUAAAAGUGCCCAAGUCCCUCUUUUGUCAGUUUCAAGUUGUCUGUCCUUGAUCAGUACCAAUGUUUGUUGAGCAAUCAACUUUUUCUUUGAAAAAAGUGCUUAUGUCCUAUUUCAGAGCAGUGGGUUUGGCUAGGAUUCUCUGUUGUUAAGCCUAAAAGCAGUGAAGUCCUGUAAACGUGACAUGCUAUUUAUAUUAAAUAAGUAAUGUUAGUCAGUGGAAGGUAGGAAGGGUAGGGUAAAACUACUUACAGCUUUACUCUGUGGGUUAGGAUAGGCUUGUGCUUUAUUUCUCUGAGCUUGUGAAACACUCUUUUUCUACACUUGGCAUAAAUAUGUUUUUUAAAAUCAGUUUUUUUAAAAGUCAACAGAUGUCCGAUAACAUGAACUAAGUGUAUAAUAUACAUAUAUGUAUAUACACUACUGUUCAAAAGUUUGGGGUCACUUUGUCAUGGGAUUCAAUAGGGAAGUGACCCCAAACCGUAGUGUAUGUAAAAUGUACAAAUAUAAAACGUUCAAAAUUUUCUUCGGGGGGAGCACACCCCCCUACAGGGGUUGUAUCCUUCUCACCUUUUUCACCCCUAACCUGUUUUCAUGUCUCUCAUGCUCUUUUUAGUGUCAACUCAGCUCAGUAAAGCCCACCAAAGCCUCCUCAUCAACCACCACCACAGAAGCUGUUCAACGUACCCAACUGGUCUAACGGCGGUGGUACUAACACAGGAGACUGUGAUGGCAGCAGUGGGAGGAGAGGCUCAUCUCAGCUGUCAACUCAGCGAGACAAGAAACGUCCUUCAAAUCACAUGGAAGAAAAUCUCACAUGAUGAAGAUAAGAUUAUUGCAAUUUUUGGCCAGAAAGUAAAUCCUGGAUUUACAGAUAAAGCUGAAUUUAAAGAUCCAGAACUUCAGAAAACCUCCAUAGUUAUCAGGAAUAUAACAGAAGAAGAUGAAGGUUGUUAUGCUUGUAUGUUCAACACCCCUGAUGGACCUCUGACAGCUGCAACCUGCAUACAGCUCUAUGAGCUGCAUGAACCCGUCCUUCAUGUCAGAGAAUCAAACUCCUCUGCAGAGUCAGUUGUGUCCUGUUCAGCCACAGGUCGACCUGCUCCCACUGUAACACUGACUGUUACACAACAGCACCUCAACUUCUUACACCACAACACUGUCAGUGUGAGCAACACCAACGGUACAGUCACCGUCACUGCUACAGCUGUACUGUCACGUUUCCGUGACAGCAGCAUUCAGGUUGGAUGUGCAGCUGGAGUGCUCUCAGGUCCUCGGAUAGAGACGUUUGUGAUGAUUCCUGAGCUCAAACCGACGUCUGAUGAUGAUGCAGAAUCUGGAUCUGAUCACACACGGUUCAGAUGGCCUUUGAUUGCUCCAAUUUCCAUGUUCUGUGGGUGUGUUGCUGUAGUAAUGGUCACUGUGCUCAGAAAUAAAGAUCAGAACAGGAACCAGCAUAUCAAUGAGAACCCUGAAACUGCAACCAGAGAUAUUUCUAAUGAUCUUAAGAUGAAUUAGAAUCGUGAACCUGCCACCAGAUCUCCUCAUCAGACAUUAAAGAAACUUCAUAUCAAUGAGAACCCUGAAACUGCAACCAGAUGAGUCUAAGACUUUUUAUUAUGCCAUUCUUCGCUUGUAAAGAAAUUUAAUUUUUCUUCUUGUAUUAUGUCGCAUUUUAAAUCUGUCUCUUUUUCUUUAUUAGGUCCGAGCCAUACAAAGUAUGGCGAGACCCUAUUGUU